AUGGUGCAAGGCGCACUCCAGCAAUUUCUUGAGUCGAGUAUGACCGGCCAAACCGAAGAGCCGUUCUGGCGUCUCUUUUUCAGGCUGGACCUUGCUGUCGCUACUGUUCUUGGUUGCUCGCCUUUGGUCGGCUCCCGCCACUGGGACCGCGUGAGCGGGUUUUCGCCCGCAGCAGGAGAAGGAGAGAUCUCCACGCCUCUUCAGCUGCUGGCAAGCGCUUUUUCCUUAUCGAAUGCAGCUCUGGAGACCGCCCAGCCCGCAGGCGCCUUAUGGGCUGAAGUAUGGACUGCAUUGCAGCUAUGGCAUCGGCGGCGUGCAGAGCACAUGCUACCAAUCGUCAGCUGCGGCACCGUUGAGGCCGGCCAGAUUGAUCUCAGCUCGGCGUCACUGCCGAUCGAGCUUUAUUCCAGCGCGCAAGCCCUUCUCUCGAACGCAACAUAUCACUUCGCAUCACUCAUUCUACUGUCCUCGCGACCACGGCUUGUCAAGCCUCCACCAUCCGGCUCUCGACAGGCACUCUCAGUGAGCUGGCACAUGCAGUCCAUCGUGGGCAUGGCUACGCAGAACGCGUUCGAGACGUCGCAGUGGGACCCGAUCUUGAUUGCAGCUCUAAUAUACGUCUCUCCGCGUUUGACGCAUCACUCCCAAAGAGAAGUGCUGCAAAGCUGUCUCACAAGAGCAGAGAAGGCUACCGGAUUGUACGCGUUGACGGCCGAAGGCAGGACUUGA